ACAUAUUAUGACAAAUAUAGAGAGUACCUAAUGGGUAGGUGUAAGUAAGUUAGUUUGAGGCUUGAGGGAUAAGAAGGGAUUCUCCUGUUGUGGCGUGGGAGAGAGAAUGGGAGAGGAGCAGAGGAGCAUAGCAAGGCUACCCUUGUUCUCCAUACAGUCUCCAGAGACAGAGAGAUCAGGAAUGGCCACUCCUCCACUUGAGACCUUAGCAUCAGUCCCAUUUCGGUGGGAACAAGUGCCCGGAAAACCAAGGCCAUCCACUGCCCUCGUGCCUUUCUCCAACCCCCCUGACUUGUUGCCCAAGUGCUUAGAACUUCCUCCCAGGUUGCUCAUACCUUCUCCCGCCACUGUCUUUAAGGUUUCCACCAACAAUUGCUAUGGUUCGGAUACAAAGCUGCUUGGUGCCAUGGUUCUCACCAAAGCCAAUGACUAUUGCUGGUUUGGUUCUUGGAGGAAAAAAGCCUUCAAACUCAAUAAAAGAGAGGUCACUGGUGCCAGCCAUGUCUUUCCUUCUUCCUCUUUAGACACCGACGUCCCAAACAUGAAACGUUCUGCCAAUUCUCGCCUCUGGACAAGUAUUUGUGAAGGUUUGAAGCAGGUAGUUCCAUGGAAGAGUAAAAAACUGAAGAAGAAAAAUGGGAGUGGACUUAGGUUCUAAUUUUAUUUUCAUGGACAGCAUCGUCUGGACAAAAAUCAAUUAUCCACUGAAUCUGUACCAUAUUUUUUUACUUAAUUAGAUGACAAUGAUAUCCUAAUUAUAGAAGGGGUGUCAGACAGAAAGCCUGUUUCUUUUGUUAUACUGCUAAGUGCAAAACUUUGGGUUAACUAGUUCAUUCAUGCUUGUAACCUGGAUGGUGAAAGUUGUACAGCUUAUUUAAUUCAUGCUCGCUAGAAUAUUUGCUCUUAAUUGAAGUGAAGUUGGUAUCUAUCUCA